AUGGAAGCACUCAUCCAGCAGAUUCCCGAAAUGCCAGCCCCUAUUAAAAAGAGUGCAGCAAGCUGCUACGCUGACUCACCUUUCAUUGAUGAUAUAGCCAUUGUCGAAAUGCCGAAAAAGUUCAGAUCAGAGAACAUAAGGAGGAAGUACAAUCGGUCGUCCAAGACACGUCUUCGAGAUGGACCAAAGAUACCAGAAUACAAUUUUCCGAUCUCACCAGCUGAAGUCGUUGGCGUACUAAAAGGACUUAGAGACAAAGUGAAAUGGCUGGAAAGGAUGAGAACUCCAUCUGACCAGCGAGACAGAACAAAAUGGUGUGAGUUCCACAAUGACCACGGUCACCGAACAGAUGAGUGCCUUGCCUUAAGACUCGAAGUAUCCAACCUAUUAAGAAGUGGUCACCUGACUGACUUACUCAUAGACAAAGGCGAAAGAACAUUCCAGCAGGAGGCAGACAGGUCAGUCAUUCGAAGAGAAGAAACCCCACUGAAGCCACCUACUCAUGAACAGACAGUGAAUGUAAUAACUGGUGGCUCUGAGGUAAGUGGAGUCACCCAUUCAGCAGCCAAAAGACAUUCCAGGCAGACCAAUUGGAUCAAAGGAGAGUCUAGCGGUACAGAGAAGAAUACCAUCAACCUACCAGCUCAAACCAUCAGUUUCUCAACAACAGAGUCAACCAGACUCCUCAACCUGCAUCAUGAUGCUCUUGUUAUUACACUUUACAUUGCUAAUUAUCUUACUAAAUGUAUACUUAUUGAUAAGGGAAAUUCAUCUAACAUUUUGUUUUUAAGUGCUCUUAGGGAAAAGGGGAUAGAUGAAUCAAAUAUCACAAAGAAGACUACAACCCUCAUCGAUUUUAGUGGAGAGCAAAAGAACACACUAGGAGAGAUCGAGCUGCCUGUCUAUGCUAAAGGAGUCAAUCUGUGCACAAGAUUCCUGGUAGUAGACUCUCCAUCUGCUUACAAUGUGAUACUAGGUCGACCAUGGAUACAUGAAAUGGAGGCAGUCCCUUCAAUAUACCACCAAGUUCUAAGGUUCCCAAUUAAAUGGGGAGUAAAAGAAAUCAAAGGCCAACAGAAAGACUCAAGAGCAUGUUACCAUACUACCAUGAAGGCCAAACCCGCUCAAUUAUAG